AUGACCCGGGAUGAGGCCCUCCCUGACUCCCAUUCUGCACAGAGUUUCUAUGAGAACUAUGAGCCCAAGGAGAUCCUGGGCAGGGGAGUCAGCAGCGUGGUCAGGCGUUGCAUCCACAAACCUACGUGCCAGGAAUACGCAGUAAAAAUCAUCGACAUCACCGGCGGAGGAAGCUUUAGUUCCAAGGAGAUACAGGAGCUUCGGGAAGCCACCCUGAAGGAGGUGGACAUCCUGCAGAAGGUCUCAGGACACCCCAACAUCAUACAGCUGAAGGACACUUACGAGACCAACACUUUCUUCUUCUUGGUAUUUGAUCUGAUGAAGAGAGGGGAACUCUUUGACUAUCUCACUGAGAAGGUCACCUUAAGUGAGAAGGAAACCAGGAAGAUCAUGCGGGCCCUGCUGGAGGUAAUCUGCACCUUGCACAAACUCAACAUUGUCCACCGGGACCUGAAGCCGGAGAACAUCCUCUUGGAUGACAACAUGAACAUCAAGCUCACAGACUUCGGGUUCUCCUGCCAGCUGCAGCCAGGAGAGAAGCUCCGAGAGGUUUGUGGGACUCCCAUUUAUCUGGCCCCUGAAAUCAUCCAGUGCUCCAUGGACGACAGCCAUCCUGGCUAUGGGAAGGAGGUGGACAUGUGGAGCACAGGCGUCAUCAUGUACACGCUGCUGGCCGGCUCCCCGCCCUUCUGGCACCGGAAGCAAAUGCUGAUGUUGAGGAUGAUCAUGGAUGGCAAAUACCAGUUUGGCUCACCAGAGUGGGAUGACUACUCAGACACAGUGAAAGACUUGGUGUCUCGAUUCUUGGUGGUGCGACCUCAGGACCGCUGCUCGGCGGAAGAGGCCUUGGCACACCCUUUCUUUCAGGAGUACGUGGUAGAAGAAGUCCGGCACUUCAGCCCCCGAGGGAAGUUCAAGGUGAUCUGUCUAACUGUGCUGGCAUCAGUAAGGAUCUACUACCAGUACCGUCGGGUGAAGCCGGUAACCCGGGAGAUCGUCAUCCGAGACCCCUACGCCCUCCGGCCGCUGCGGAGGCUCAUCGACGCCUACGCUUUCCGUAUCUACGGCCACUGGGUGAAGAAAGGGCAACAGCAGAACAGAGCUGCCCUCUUCGAGAACACGCCCAAGGCAGUGCUCCUCUCCUUGGCUGAGGAGGAGGACUUCUGAGGGGCGGCGGGGCACAGGGGAAAGCAAACGGAGAGGGUGCUGCCCCGGAACUGUGAGAAGAGGAUGCCCCACGUAGCCUUCUGCAGAAGAAUAGGUGGCCCUACUCUGUGCACUCAAAGGCUCGCCACUAGAUGUGCAGGGUGUUCCCAUUAAACUGCACUAAUUACGGCUGGAGCCGGGUGUGCUGUUGUUGCAUGUGCCUGUUGGCCGAAGACAGUAGGAUCCCUGGUUCUAGGCCAGCCUGGGCAGCUUAGUGAUGCUUAUUUCAAAAAUAAAAAUAGGGCCGGGAAUGUAACUCUGUGGUGAGUGUAAGGCCUCCAAACUCAACCUCUGGUAUGGUAAAAAUGGAUAAUAAAUAAAUAAAUCCAAUGCAGCUGAGGCCGUGUCAGGCAGAAAUGGAAGGGCAGGGGGCGUGU